CAUGGGGCUGCCCGGGGAGCAGGACGCGGCGGACGGCGGCGGAGGAUGCGCCCGGCGGCGCUGAUCGGCCGAGCGCGCGGGCCGCGGGAUGAGGAAACUGAGGCCCAAAGAAAUUACGCCACUUGGUUGAGGUCCCAGAGCAGAUCAGAACCAGAUCUAGGAUCAGAACCCUGGCUCCUGGCUCUCUUCCCCUGAGACUCACUUUCCUGACGACAAGGUACGGACCCCUCCACUACUUGAAGGGUAAGGCUGGCACUGCCUGGUGCCUUUGUGGAAGCCUCUUCCUCAUUCUUGAACUUCCUCGACCUCCUCACAGUGCAUGACACAGGUACGCUGCCAGAAAUCAGAAUUUCUCUUUCCUAACAUGGAGUCGAGCAAAAAGAUGGAUGCUGCUGGUGCACUGCAACCCAACCCACCACUGAAACUGCAACCAGACCGUAGCACGGGGUCAGUGUUUGUCCCAGAGCAGGGAGGCUACAAGGAGAAGUUUGUGAAGACGGUGGAGGACAAAUACAAGUGUGAGCAGUGCCGCCUGGUGCUCUGCAACCCCAAGCAGACCGAGUGUGGGCACCGGUUCUGUGAGAGCUGCAUGGCCGCCCUGCUGAGCUCCUCAAGUCCAAAAUGCACAGCGUGUCAAGAAAGCAUCGUCAAAGACAAGGUGUUUAAGGAUAAUUGCUGCAAGAGAGAGAUUCUGGCCCUUCAGAUCUACUGUCGGAAUGAAAGCAGAGGUUGUGCAGAGCAGCUGGCGCUGGGACAUCUGCUGGUGCACCUAAAAAAUGAGUGCCAGUUUGAGGAACUUCCCUGUGUGCGUGCUGACUGCAAAGAAAAAGUAUUGAGAAAAGACUUGCGGGAUCACGUGGAAAAGGCCUGUAAAUACCGUGAGGCCACAUGUAAUCACUGCAAGAGCCAAGUUCCCAUGAUCACCUUGCAGAAACAUGAAGACACUGAUUGCCCCUGUGUGGUGGUAUCCUGCCCUCAUAAGUGCAGUGUCCAGACUCUUUUGAGGAGUGAGUUGAGUGCACACUUGUCAGAGUGUGUCAAUGCCCCCAGCACCUGUAGUUUUAAGCGCUAUGGCUGCGUUUUUCAGGGGACAAACCAGCAGAUCAAGGCCCAUGAGGCCAGCUCCGCGGUGCAGCACGUCAACUUGCUGAAGGAGUGGAGCAACUCCCUGGAAAAGAAGGUUUCCUUGCUGCAGAAUGAAAGUGUUGAAAAAAACAAGAGCAUACAGAGUCUGCACAAUCAGAUCUGCAGCUUCGAGAUCGAGAUCGAAAGGCAGAAGGAGAUGCUACGGAACAACGAGUCCAAAAUCCUUCACUUACAGCGAGUAAUAGACAGCCAGGCAGAGAAACUGAAGGAGCUUGACAAGGAGAUCCGACCCUUCCGGCAGAACUGGGAGGAGGCCGACAGCGUGAAGAGCAGCGUGGAGUCCCUCCAGAACCGUGUGACUGAGCUGGAAAGCGUGGACAAAAGUGCAGGGCAGGCAGCUCGGAACACAGGCUUGCUGGAGUCCCAGCUGAGCCGACACGACCAGAUGCUGAGUGUUCAUGACAUCCGCUUGGCUGACAUGGACCUGCGGUUCCAAGUCCUUGAGACCGCUAGCUACAACGGCGUGCUGAUCUGGAAGAUCCGUGAUUACAAGCGCCGGAAGCAGGAAGCCGUCAUGGGGAAGACCCUGUCCCUCUACAGCCAGCCUUUCUACACAGGCUAUUUUGGCUAUAAGAUGUGUGCCAGGGUCUACCUGAAUGGGGACGGGAUGGGGAAGGGAACACACUUAUCGCUGUUUUUUGUCAUCAUGCGCGGAGAAUAUGAUGCUUUGCUGCCGUGGCCAUUCAAACAGAAAGUGACACUCAUGCUGAUGGAUCAGGGGUCUUCUCGGCGUCAUCUGGGAGAUGCGUUCAAGCCCGACCCCAACAGCAGUAGCUUCAAGAAACCCACUGGAGAGAUGAACAUCGCCUCUGGCUGCCCCGUCUUUGUGGCCCAAACUGUUCUAGAAAAUGGGACGUAUAUUAAAGAUGAUACAAUUUUUAUUAAAGUCAUAGUGGAUACUUCGGAUCUGCCUGAUCCCUGACAAGUAACUGGGGAGGUGGAUUUAGCAGAAGCUAACUCCUCCGGGGGGUUGGAUCGGUCUGUCUUCACGGAGGUCCUCGCGCUCAGAAAGGAUCUUGUGGAACAGAGGAAGCAACAAGAGGAGGAUGCGUGGCCAGCGGGAGGAGCCGCUCGUGAAAACAGACCCGACGCGCUUUCUAAGUAGACUAGCCACACUUCACUCUGAAGAGUUAUUUACCCUUCAGCAAGAUAAAUAUUACUGUCAGAGAAGGUUUUCAUUUUCAUUUUUAAAGAUCUAGUUAAUUAAGGUGGAGAACAUAUACGCUGAACAAAAGAAACAUGAUUUUUCUUCCUUAAACUUAAACACCAAACAGGAAAACACAUGUGGGGCUAGCUGGACAUGUCAGCAUGUUAAGUAAAAGGAGAACUUAGGAAAUGAUAAUGCCAUUCUGAUAUAUUCAUCCUAAAAUUCAAGAGUGCAAUCUUGUUUCAAAUAUAGUAUAUUGUCUAUUUUUAAGGCCUCAUCUGGUCUCUGUUUUAAUAAUUUGUUUGUCAGAAGACCCUGAAGUAAACCUAGGUCUUUUUUGAAAGUCUCUAAAUUCAGAAAUCUUUUUUUUAAUUUAAAGUUCUACAGAUAAUUGUUAUUGCAAACAUUUUAUUUUAAAACGUUGAUAGACUGAUAUUUCUUGGAAGAAAAUGUAAAAUAUCAAACACUGGUUAUCACUUGUGAUAGGAAAGAGAAUAUUCAACCUGUUGUUAUUUCUCGUUAGAAAUGUAAACCUCAAUACCUGUCGUAGUUAAUGACACUACUUCAAAAUUACUAUGAAAGGGACAUUGCUCAUGGAUGCUGUGCAUCAUUUUCAGACUUAAUUGUUUUCACCCUAAAAUAGGGCAUUAGUUGAACUUUGGAGUUCUAACAAAAUCCUGUAGGUUUUUAAAAUUCUGCCCCAUGUUUAGACAAGCUCUCUGUUGUUGACAGCACCGACCUCGGUCUUCAGUGUCUGGGAUGGGCUGGUGGCCUGCGCGAGGCCCCAGCGGGCAUUCCUCAUCCUGUCAUCCUGUGCAUGCGGCUAGUGGUCUCCGAUGGUGGCAUACGGUACAUGUGCCUUAGAUGUGACAUGCUGCUUUUCGUCCCUGGGUUAGCAUCACCAUGACUCUGGAAAGUGAUAGUUUAACCAGACGUCUCUCUCCACUCCAAAUCUUGUCUCUGCUAGGGCCCUCAGAGAACUUGGAACCUGCCGGAGGGGAAGCCAGGCUCCGCCGGCACCGUCCGUAGCCUCUGCUGCUAAAGACCCACAGAUCCCAACUCUAGGCCCCCAAGUGCAGCUCGGCCCUACCCCAGGGAGGCAGGUGUGGAGCAGAAGCCACACCCCUUCAUGUCCCCACCCGGGCUCUAAGAGCCCACACAGCAUGAAGGAGAAACACCCCCCCCCAGAGCAUUCCAGAGACCACUGCUCUGGGGGCCUAUCCAGGCUGGCCAAGAGCAGCCCUGGCCUCCCCAUCAAACAGGGUAGUGGGCCGAUGUCCCAGCCUGUCCUGCCCAGACGGCACUCUUGGCUCACUGUUUACGUCUCUCGAUGGUCCAGCUGUGAUAGAAGCCUGGAGCCCUGCCCCGGUGCCCUUUUGCUACGCACCACGCUUCAUGGUGCUCUUACACUGAUGGGUGCUACACGCGACGGGUGCUUCUUAGGCAAAACCAAUGUGUGCAAACCACCAUAUCUGUGCCACUUGCCCAAAAGGCGUGCCCACAAUUGGCCAGCUGGGCGUGCACUUCGGACUGCCUGCCUCUGGGCUCUCCCCAUGGUGGCGCGGGGACAGCUGGGUUGGUCCCCGGUGGCCCACCUCGUCUCUGGUGCUGCCGUCUGUCCUGGGUGUGCCUUCGCCCCAGUGCCUGCUGGAAGUGCCCUCCUCUCGCACACUUGUCCCACGCCUCCAUGAGCGACCUCCUGCUCUCAAGCACCUGCCCUGCCCUUCCGUGGCUGAAACACUUGUUCUCCACCUGCCACUCCUCUCUCCACUCUCCUGGGAUUGCUGUGGGGUAAGUCAGCGACCUGGUUCUGCCCUAGGGGGAAUAAUCUCUGCUUAUAAGGAAAGUCUGUGCACCGUCCCUUCAGAGACGUCCCCGCUCUCCUCCCCGUCCCCUGGGGUUUUACCCCAGAGACUGGAGUUGGGAAGACCACCUGGUAGCCCUUAGCAGGCCUGAGGUAGCUUUUCUGUGGCCAAGGGUCAGCAGCAGGGGCAUCCCUGUCACUUCUCCUUUGAAGCAGUCAGUGUAGUACCAGCAGGUCUGAUAGCGUGUGCGUCUGCCUUUAGGGUUAGACCCCUGUUUGAGUGUCACCCUGAGAUGUUUUCAAACGUUCCCAGUUAGUGGGGUUCUAGGACUCCUUCCUGGGCGGUGGUGGGCCCUUCUAGCCUCCCCUGGGUCCCUGUAGGGUGAGACUGUAGUAAUGCUGUCCCCUGGGAUGAGGGUCCCAGCAUGUCACCGCGUCCUGCCGUGUGUUGUCUCAUUUCUUAGUUGACAGCGGACUAUAGCAGGCAAGCCCAUGCUUUGUGCCCUGUGUCUCUUGUGUGAAAGACCCACACUGAACAUGUCUACUGGGAGGUAUGGAACGCAUCAUGUUCUGCUGGCUGUGCCUUGCCCUGCUCCAUCCCAGCAUUUCUCGGUGCCCCUUUGGUGCUCAACACCUGGGCCGGCUCUUAAGCUGUGAUCUCAGCAUAGCUGAAAUCCUGUCUGGCCCCGGCAGCAGCCAGCCCUCCCCACCUUACACAGUCCUGGCCACAAGAAACAGAGUGGUGGUGCACUCUACCUGGCUGUGCAAAAGUGAUGCAGUUUCCAGCAGGACAAUUGCCUGCUCUUUAAAGAGGCCAGUUGUUUGUUCUGUGGCCUCCAUGAGGAAACUGGGCACAAAUUCUGCUUGCCUGGGGGAAUGUCGACACCUGCUCUGGCUGCCCCUGUCAGGAUACAGGUCACUAGAUAGCAGCAGCCCUGAAGGUCUGGCCCCUGGUUCUUGUGGGUAGCUGAAAGUCACGACCCAGGGCUAUGCCAGGACUGAGGGCCUUCUGCCUUCUGGCAGGGUUCAGAAAGUGAGGUAGAGGAAGGCAGCCUGGGGACCCUCGCAGGACCUCUUUUACCUCUUGAGAAUAGAUUGGCACAGGGGAGCUGGGGCCAUGCAGUGUUUCAGGCUGUGGGUAAGACAGAGGAGGAGUCUGGGGGAAUAUUUUGUGAAGUGUUGUGAGGCCCACAGAGGAAAGCAGAGCACACACCCCAGCUCAUCCACCUGCCAGCCUCUCCAGAGACUGUGAAUAGCAUUCCAGGAAGCAGAGGGCUGUUGCGAAUGUCCACAUCCCGGCCUCUGUCCAGAAGGUACCAUGUCCCUAAGGCAGCACAGCAGUCAGCUGAGCGGGGCGUCUGCCCGGGGGCACCUUCUUGCCUCCUUCCCUUUUCUUCUCCAUCCACAUUUUCUGAGGAUUGGGGCACCAGGGAGUUGAAGCACCAAAUGCUCCUGGGUAGCCUCCAGCAGGGACUGCAGACACACCACCCACGCAGCUCCCCCUUAAUUGGCUUCCCUCUGACCCUUUGUGGUCAGCUUGUAAGGGCCUGGAAAUCGGGCAUAAUUGCAAAGACAGCCAGUCACCUCCCCUGACCACCUUAGUCUGCCUCAGGGCCACCUGGGGUUGGGACCACAUGCCUGCUAUUUUGGACCUGUCAUUAAUGACACCCUUUUCACUGAACAGUGUGUGGUGGCGCUCACCCAUGGUAGACUUGGCAGCCGGUGGAUGGCAUCCAGCAAAGGGAAGGUGUCUGGACAUGCCCAGCAACAAGGUCCUGGGUGGGCCACUCCUGCCACCCCAAGAGGAGACCAGGGACCACCAGUACCAACCCCAAGGCCCUUGCCUCCUUCCUCUCCUGCACACUGCUAAGCAGUGCAGGGACUGUCACUGGUGCCUGGCUAAGACAUUUCCUACCUGACAGGGUGACUUUUCCACCGUCUCUGGGUCACCACAGGGUGGAUCAGCAACCCAGUCCCUACCCUCUGUGUUCCCUCCGCUUGGGGCAAUCAGCACAUUGGAAAGAGGCUCGGUGGAACUUAAGGUACUAUUUUUUAUUUUCAGUCUAGAUCUUUCCUGGCUAGACUGCAGGAGAGCUAGUGGGAGUUGUGAGUAUACCAUUGCGUUUGUGUGUGUGACCAGCGAGGGUCCACCCCCCAAAUCACACACCAAGCCCAUGGUUCUGUCUUCCGUUUGCAAGUCGUAGCAGCUCUGUUUUCCCAAAGUAGAGUGUGCCCGCAGGAGUCUGGGUCAAGUGAGGUCAUAGUCAGCAGGUCAUCUGGCCAUCGUUACUGUCCCACCUGGUGCUGGUUGCCACUGGCACUGUGGCAUCAGGGAGCCGGAUCAGCAGAGACGGUAAAGUUAGAAGCCAGCAGCCCAUCCUGAAGGCCUAGACACCACUACCAGGCAGGUGGUCAAAGCAGCGACCCACAGCAAGGCCAGCCACAGGGCUGAGCAGGCCCGAGGGAGAGGCGAACGCCCCAUUUCCCCUGCUGCGCCAUGUCCGGAGGCUUUGAGUUCACUGUGAAAAGGAUGUUACAAGUCGGUUGCUGUGCCACUCCAAAAUCAGUUGUGACUGGCGUAUACCCUAGACCCCUUAGACAAGUAAGAUAACCUUCAACAGCAAACUAAAUGACCCAAUUGGAAAACACAAAAGCCGGCCUUCCAAGGAUUUCCACAUGAAUCUGUAGGAACUCUGACUGAGGACGCGCGGGGUUGGUGUAGACAGCUGCGGACCGUUCUGUUCUUUUCUCUGAUGGCACACCUCUUGUGUUCAGUUCUGUUACCCAAAAACAAAGACCAAAGAAGGCCAAUCUCUCAUUUGACUGUAUUUUUAAUCUGCCUGUUUGACACUUGCUGUCUGUAGGAACCGCUCGCUGUGAGGCCCCAUCUUGACAGUCCAAGUGAUUGUGACCAGUGAUUAGUGUCCCGUGUUCUGCUCUUCUAAGAAACAAAGACAGUGUGAGUUAUUGCUCAGCAAUAAUCUUGUCACUAGGAGGUAGCGACGUGUCUGAUUUCCUGAUAGCAUUACGAUGUUUCGUACUUCGUUUACUGUAUACUGUGUGGUUUUAUUUAUUUGUGUUUUGAGGUCUUGCGAUGUUUUUGUUCCGCUGCUAAUAAUAAAGUUUGUAAGACUGUAGAAUGCAAAAUUUUGCAAUGCUAAACUGUCUAUUAGAGGAAAAUAAAGCUGAUUAAGAGUC